AUGGAGGAGCAGCUUCCCCGGCCAUGUGGCCUAGGGCAGUGGGUGCUCCUGGCAGAGCCUGACUCCACUGCCUUGAUGUUUCCAGAUAAUACAGCCAACAUCACGGUCAAGUACAGGCAAUUUGACCGGGAGCGUGCCAAGGUCCACUUCCUGCCAGUGCUCAUCUCGGACAAUGGGAAGCCGAGCCUCACGGGCACCAGCACGCUGGCCGUGGCCGUGUGCAAAUGCAACGAACACGGGGAGUUCACCUUCUGUGAGGACAUGGCCGCCCAGGCAGGCGUCAGCAUCCAGACGCUGGUGGCCAUCUUCCUCUGCAUCCUCGCCAUCACAGUGAUCAGCCUGCUCAUCUUCCUGCGGCGGCGGCUCCGGAAGCAGGCCCGCGCCCUCGGCAAGAGCAUGCCAGAGAUCCAGGAGCAGCUGGUCACCUACGACGAGGAGGGCGGCGGCGAGAUGGACACCACCAGCUACGACGUGUCGGUGCUCAACUCGGUGCGCCACGGCGGCGGAGCCAAGUCCCCGCGGCUGUCGCCGGACGCGCGGCCGCCGCUGUACGCGCGGGUGCAGAAGCCACCGCGGCGCACGCCCGGGGCGCACGGCGGGUCCGGGGACAUGGCCGCGAUGAUCGAGGUGAAGAAGGAUGAGGCGGACCACGACGGCGGCGGCCCGCCCUACGACACGCUGCACGUCUACGGCUACGAGGGCUCCGAGUCCGUCGCCGAGUCCCUCAGCUCCCUGGGCACCGAUUCUUCCGACUCCGACACCGAUUACGACUUCCUCAAUGACUGGGGGCCCAGGUUCAAGAUGUUGGCCGAGCUGUAUGGCUCGGACCUCCAGGAAGAGCUGCUGUAUUAGGGGGCCAUCGCCUUCUGGGCCUGGGGACCCAAACUCACUGGAGCCCAGGACAGUCCCAAGCGGGCACUGAGACCUCUGAGACUGGCACUCACUGCCCCGCCCAGCACCACUUCCUCCUAGGUCCCAGGGACCUCACCGUGGUGGGGGCCGAGAGGUAGCAAACUCCAGGUCCCUGAAAUAUCCAGAAACCUACUUCAGUGAUGGCUACCCCCUAAAUGCUGGGAAAACCAGGCGAGUGUUCUGACUGGGCGCAGACAUCCCUUGCCUCAUCACCCCCAGACCACCGACCUAACUUAAAGACUUUUCUGGCUCCACAAGGCUGCAGAACAAAGCAGCCUGUGUUCAACUGCUAAGGGAGUGGAUCUUCCCCUGUAAGCGCUGACCCCCCUGGUGAGGCUGAUGCGGUCCUGCUGCCUAUGGCAAAAGGCAGAAUGGCAUGACCUCUGGGGCAAGACUUGCUGCAGCCCAGUCCCAGGGAGACUGCCACCGU